UGUAGUCAACCGAAUAGUAUCUUCAACUAUUUAGUAGAUUCUUUUUUUCAGCGACUAUUCCUGCGUGACUGUGGCCAUCGAAUUCGGCGUUUCUGCGUCGAAUCGAUGCGAAUAGACUGUCGAAGGAUUGCCCAAUUAUUUGCAGCACUUUCAGAAUCGAGGUUCAAACAUCUUCCCGAGGAUGGGCCGGCAUUGAACAGCGAUGAAGCCAUGAUUCUCAAUGAGGUUCCAUUACGAUCCCGAUGGAAGCCACCAAAGUACACGUUUAAUGACAUUGCAAUUGUGCUCACAACUGACGAAGAAGUUGAAGACGGUGUGGUUCACGCUUACACAAUUCGUUCACCAGCUUGGGAUCGACUACCGUCACCGGUAUUGUCACAACACGACAGUGAAUCAGAUUUGAAAGAUUUUCAGUUAUUUAACUGUCCAAUGAAAAUGGCUGUUCCCACGGAAGAUGAAGACGAGCGAUUCUCUUUACCGAGUACUAUGGCGACUGACCAAGAAUUGAAAAUACAAUCGUUAGAGGCACAGCUCGCGUUACUGUCGAAGCAAAUGCAAACACUGUUGGCGGGAAAGGUACCGCCUCCUGUCGCGCCCGCGGAAUCGUCCGAUUCGUCUCCGCUUCUUUCGGAUGAUGAGGGCAAAGGAGCGUCGUUGUGCAGUCCAACUGAUACGGUGUCCUUCCCCGCUGGAAGUCGCGGCGGCAUAGCUCCAUCAAGAUCAGGAGUUCCCCCGCCGCCGCCACCACCACCUCCCCCAUCGUUGUUGUCGACGAGCACGACUUCGGUCAGUAGAGCGAAUACGCCUUCCUCCAGAUCUCCAGGCGGAACACCCGUAGUCCGACAAUCGAGGCUAUCUAAUGACGAGGGCAACUACCUAGCGAAUGCGCUACGUGAAAAGUUCCGCUCUAUGCAGGAUACUCUAUCGGAACAUGAAGAUGAUGUAAAUUCAAGCUGGAUUGAAGAUGAUCUAUAA